CCACAACCCGACAUCGAUGUCCACGAUUCACUUCAUGUCCUUAUCAUCUUUCUAGUUUCCCAUGUAAUAAAAUUAACAAACAAACACCCUAACUUCACGUCAUAUAACACUAUGCAAUACAACACAAAUCUUUCACUUACCGCACAAAUCAAAUCAUAAACAAUUGAGAAAUGGAGACAGCUUUCAAAUUAGAUAGCUGGGGAUACCAAGUUAGUACUAAUUCAGAUGCUUGUAUUUCUGCUAUCAACUCCUAUUAUCAACAGGUGUUGAGUUAUGGGAGAGAGCGACGUGUGAUUCUUGAAGCUCCGAAGCAUGAUCAAGAUUGUGUUUUAGCUAAUAUUUUGGCUGGUCAUUUUCUCUUGUCUAGUGAUCCUUUUCGAGCUUCUCCUUAUAUUCAGGCUGCACAGUCUCGACUUGGGUAUGCUACCUCGUAUGAGAAAGCAGUUUUUGAUUUGAUUAGCUAUUUAAUUGCUGAUGAUAGAGAUGAUGAUGUGGUUGUUGAAUCUCAUGCUAAGCAUUUGAGUGACUACCCAAAAGAUAUGGUUUCUCUUAAAAGGGUUCAGGUGUUUUGCUUCUACAUGGGUAGACCUGACCUGUCCCUUGACCUUGUUCAGCAGGUUCUACCUGAAAAUGAACAUGAACAUUAUAUAUAUGGCAUGCUUGCUUUUCCGUUAUUAGAACUAGGCCGAAUGGCUGAUGCAGCGAAAGCUGCAAGAAAGGGAUUUGAGAUAAACAAGCAGGAUUGCUGGUCACAACAUGCUGUGUGCCAUGUUCUUCAGUAUGAAUGCCGUUUUAAAGAAGCAGUAGAGUUUAUGGAAAAAUGCUCAUCUUCAUGGAGUGCUUGUUCAUCAUUCAUUAUUACUCAUAAUUGGUGGCAUGUAGCUCUUUGUUACUUGGAAGGUCAUUCUUCUAUGCAAAAAGUGUUAGAAAUUUAUGAUCAUUAUAUUUGGAAGGAGUUAGAAAGAGAUGAUGCAGUUCCUCCAGAGGUGUACUUGAAUGCCUUAGGCUUGUCACUGCGUGUGUAUGUCCGCGAUGAACUUGAUGUCUUUGGGGACCGUCUGAAAGUCUUAGCAGGCAGAGUAAAAGAUGAAGCCAACUGGUAUUUAGAAUGGCACUUCGAUGUGUUGAUAUUAUGGGCGUUAGCUAAAACUGGUGAACUAUCAAAAGCUGGAGACUUACUCGACGGUUUGAAGUUGAGGAUUUCUCAGAUGAACGAGAAGAAGCAUCAACUAAUGCAGAGGGGAAUUCAGCUUGCUGAAGCCUUGUAUGAGUAUGGGAGGGGUAACAAUGAACAAGCACUGGUUGUUCUUGGUCCUGAUUUCAAUGCAUAUGAUUGUAAGAUGAUCGGUGCAUCUGAUGAGCAACUUGAUGUGUUCAAUGAAGUUUGGUACAGUAUGUUACUGAAUACUGGACAAGCCGCUAAGGCGAUCGAAACAAUUGAGCAACAGAUAAAGAAGAGAGACGGAGCCCCUUUCAUGUGGCGCCUACUGGAAAAGUCGUAUGCAUUGACAGGUAGGGAAGAAGCUAAAGUUGCCGGUGAGAAGGGUAAGGCGUUAGAAUGUGCAUACUUUAAUUAGAUGGAAUGACGGCUAAUCAAUCGCCGGAGUCAUAAUUAUCUAAGCGGGGCGGAACCAUCACGUUUCUAAUAAUGGAUAAUAAUCCAACUUGUUAAAGACUCUUUAAUUCAUUGUUUUUUAUCACUAUACACGGAGGACGACGAUAACUGAACAAAUCUUACCUAUGAAUUGCAGUAACAUCUAAAAUGUAAAGGAUGAUUCAUUCUAAAAGUAAGUAGGCAAUGCAAAUAAAAUUGGUCUACUUUUCAUGUAUUUUUCAUUAGAAUGCAAGUAUAGCUUCUUUUAGUGGAUAAGAAGCUGAAUUGAGCAA